AUGUCGCUGAAGAAAGAAAGUAGGAACACUGGCAAGAAGACUGUCCAAUUUCAAGACACAAACAACCAAGUAGUCUACGAAAAAGGCCCGCGGGCAAGAAUUUUUAAAGCACGAGAGUCGCUGUUAACUGACCUAUUCAAGGAUGGCAACGCUAGGUCCUUGUACAAUGUAUUUCCUGGGAUAUUCUGUUUGACCAUGGUCUAUUCCGCUUUGAAGGAUUACCAGCGCGAAGGAAGGUUCUAUCUUGGUACCAGGCUGAUACGUAGCGCUUUUGCCAAGCUUGAUGUAGCCAUGGUGAUUUGGUUGUGCAUGUUUGCGUCGUCUUUAAUGGUUUACUUUAUCUUUGCGCUUUGGGUGCGUGGGCGCCGGAAAAUAGAAUGGAAGGGUACAUGGGAUAGACUGUUUGGUUUGGUUUACGGUUUGUAUGUGCUGGUGUCACUGCAUCUUGUUGCAAUUUGGGCUGUGAUGAACAAUUUGGGCCCUGCGACAUGUCUCGCGAUCAUGUUGGAGAUGACGCGGCUGUUAAUGAAAUCCCAUGCUUUUGUCCGCAGCAAUAGUCCCAAGUUUUUGGAAAACAAACAGGGAGCUUUUCCUUCCGUGUCGCAUUAUCUCUACUUUUUAUUCGCACCGACGCUGAUUUACAGCGAUAGCUAUCCCAGAACCAAUCGGAUACGCUGGGGUCGCGUUGUCACAAGUUUUGCAGAAGUAAUAGCGAUUGUUUUCAUGUGGAGCGUCAUCGUGGAGAACACCUACGUGGAUUACUUGAAGGAUUACGGAAAGACGAACUACACAUUUUUGGAAAUCAUUACGUUUAUUGUUGAAUGCAACUUUGCAGGCUUUAUUAUGUUUAUAUUGCUCUUCUACCUCUGCCAUAGCUAUUUUAACGGGACAGCGGAAUUGACCAGGUUUUCCGACAGGCUUUUUUAUUUGGAUUGGUGGACAGCCGAAAACUGGGAUGAAUUUCUAAGAAAGUGGAGCUACUUCGUGCAUGAGUGGUUGCAUAUCUACAUUUAUAGAGACCUUCACGGGGUUUUAUUCCCGGGCAGAACACUUCUGGCGAAGGUACUCGUCCUGUUACUAUCGGGAUACUUUCAUGACCUCAUAUUGUGUGUUGCGAGCCGAGCAUUUCUUCCGUUGACUACCAUAGAGUUCCUUUGUUUUGUGUGGAUACGUAAAUUGGUGUCAAACAAAUUCAUGUUAGGGUUGCUAGGUAUGGAAAUGAGCUGCACGAUUACAUUGUUCAUGAUGGAGUAUUACGCCAGGAUCAACUGCCCAAUGCAAACUGCUAGUAUUAUUGGAUACGUUAUGCCACGAUUUCUUUACUGUUAAAGUCCUUAGAACAUAGACUAAAUAAAUUACUGAACGAA